CAAAGUUCAAACCAUAUAGUAAAACAUUGUAUGUAGCUAUUUGGUUACAGAAAAGGUGCAUUUAUUUGGUAGAUGGAUUUGUUUUUCUGGACAAAAUUUGGUAGAUGAAUUAAAAAGCGAAUAGAGAGGAAAAAUAAAAAUGGAAACAGAACUCUCUCCAAACUGUCAGAAUGCUGUUUGCAGGAAGAGGCACGUGACAAACACUGCCCAAUCCCUGAGCUCAACAGGAAUAGCGUGCCUUUCACGUAACAAUACAUUCAACCAGGGCUCAAGUAGAAACAAAAGAACUUACGGCCAGCCACUUUCCUUUUCUCUCAUUUCUUCACCGCAAAGACUCACCCUAAAGAGAAGAAGAUUAGUCAGAGAAUGAUAUUUUUUACUUAUACUUAUUCACCAUAACUUCUACAAGCAGACAGAAUCAACAGAUCUAGAGUUUAAGAACAAGAGACGAUGACCACGUACAAGCUAUUUUUGAGAGCAAUAAGCAAGAGAAGAACAUGGGUCUGUCUCUUUCUUGUAGUCUACGCGACCCUCUUGUCUUCUUCGUGGAACUGGCUGAAUUCGAUUGUUGACUGGUACGGAGAGAACCACAAUACAUCAUCUGGUUGGCCUGCGGUUUACGCUUCGGUGCUUCUUGGAGCGGUGUUCGGAGUUCUGUCCAUGGCAGCGGCGCUGUUCAUAGCCGUGCCGGCCAUCGUUGUGAUAUGGAUAUCAGUGGUGGUGACGAUGGCGUUCGCUGGGAAAUCGAGGAGGAGCGUAGUGGUUGAAGGGAGGAUAGUGACGAAAGAGAUCGCUGGGUUUGUGUUUAAGGUUCUACUUAAAGAAGGAAACUUUGUGGCUCUUCUUUGUGCUCUCCUUGCUUACUUCGUCUUCUUCAACUCUUACUCUACCUCAACUUAGCCAAUUUGUCAUAGGAACAUUUUUUACAAGUAAUUAUCAAAUUUUCUUCUGAUUCAUUGUUCUCAGAUUAAAAAAAAUAUUGUAUUAUUGUUCCUAGUUUAACAAGAUUUUGGUUGAAUCUGCAAAGCGAUCUUCUUUGUUGGGUGGAUGUAUUUUCUGACGUUAGAAUGAAUGCUACACGUCACUAUACCAA